GGCUGAUUUACGGGAAGUGUCCGCAGCUCCUUAAUUUUUAACCAGGCCCGGCCGGACCCGGGCACGCACCCCCGCAGCGGCCGGACCCGCCGGGCCCCGACCCGCCGGCACCCAGGAUGCCCACCACGAUGCUCUGGCUGCCCCUCAUGUGGCUGCUGGCCACAGCCACGGCCACUGUCACCCUGGUGCCCACACCGGAGCCCUCUCCCAGCGCGCUGAAGCUGCUCAGACAGUCCCCGUCGCCGCCGGUGCCGCCCCGUCCUCCCCCCUCCCCACGGGGGGACGCGGGAGCCCCCGUGCUGCCCCCCCGGGACCACCCCGAGCUGCUGCCUGCCCUGGCUGCCCCCCUCGAGGCCACAGCCCCACCCAGCCCCGCAGCGCCCGAGGGGGCACCCAUGGAGCCGAGCACCACGGGCAACGGGAGCGCGGCAGCUCCAGCACCCGGCAGCAUCAGGGACAGCCCCGGCACCCCCGGCCCCAGCGCCCCGCCGUGCCCCGGGGACGGGGAGCCGGCCGAGGCGUGCGGGGAGCCCACGGUGGAGCAGCGGGCAGCCGUGGCUGAGGCAGUCGCCACCUUCGCCCUCCGGUUCUACCAGCGCAUGGCAGAGGCUGCGCGGCCAGACGCCAACCUGCUCUUCUCCCCCAUCACCGUGACCAUGGGGCUCUCGCACCUUCUGCUGGGCGCCCGUGGUGAGACCCGAGAGCGCUUGGCUGCCGUCCUGGCGUACCCCCCGGGGCUGGGCUGCGUGCACAGCGCCCUGCGGCUCCUCGCCACCGCGCCCGGUCUCUUCUCCACCACCCAGAUCUUCCACCACCCAGACCUGCACCUCCGGACCCGCUUCCUCAAUGAGUCCUGGCACUUCUACAACACCCACCCGCGGGCGCUGAGCGGCAACGAGAGCCUGGACCUGCAGCGCAUCAACGCCUGGGUGCGCAAUGCCAGCCGGGGGCUGCUGCCAGAGCUCCUGUCCACGCUGCCCCCCGAGCCCCGGCUGGUGCUGCUCAGCGCGGUGCACCUCCAGGCCGCCUGGCUCACGCCGCUGGAUGUGAAGCAGACGGUGCCGCUGCCCUUCCUGCGCCCCGGGCGCCCCCCGCGCCUGGUGCCCACCAUGACCAGUAAGAAGUACCCGGUGGCCUCUUUCAUCGACCCCCACCUGCAGGUCCAGGUGGGCCGCCUGGCGCUGCGGGGAGCGCUGAGCCUGGUGCUGCUGCUGCCGCUGGGGCCGCCGGGGGCGCUGGGGGCGCUGGAGCGCGCGCUGGACCCCCCCGCGCUGCUGCGGCUGCUCCGGCGCGCGGCCAGCGCCCCCCCCCGCGCCGCCGCCCUCGCGCUGCCGCGCGUGCGCCUCGACGUGCCGCUGGACGUGGUGGCGCUGGUGCACGACAUGGACUUCGGGCUGUUCCUGGACGCGGAGCUGUGCGGGCUGGCGCGGGGCCCGGCCGUGGCGGUGGACGCUGCGCGGCACCGCGCGGUGCUGGCGCUGGACGAGGCCGGCGUGGAGGCCGCGGGGGCCAUGGCCACGUCGGUGGCGCGCUCGGCCCCGCUGCUGGAGGCGCUGCGCCCCUUCCUCUUCGUCCUGUGGCACGACAGCGCCGACGUCCCCGUCUUCAUGGGCCGCCUCAGCGACCCCCCGCCCUGACCCCCCAUCCCUCCCUCCCUGCCUCCUCCGUCCCUCCGUCUAUUCCUGCUUCUUUCUCUCCCUCCAUCCCUCCCUCUGUCCCUCUCUGCCUCCUUCCCUUUUUCCUCGUCCCCCUUGUCCCUAUUUUCCUGCCUCCUUCCUCCCAUUUCUCCAUUUCUCCCUCCAUCUCUCCUUCUUUUCCCUUCUCCAUCCCUUGUCCCUCCAUCUCUCCUUCCUUUCUCCCUCCCUCUUUCCUUCCAACCACCCUCCAGCCCCAUCCUUCCCUCUUCCCCCCCCUUCUUCCCUCCAUCCUUCCCCCCACUUCCUCUUCUCCCUCUCUUCCUCUUUCCCCCCAUCCUUCCUUCCCUCCCUCUCCCUUUCCCUCCCCAUCUCCACUUCACCCCCAGCCCCACAGAGCACUAUGGGGGGGGUGUGUCCCCCGUGCCUCAGUUUCCCAACCAGCUCCAGCCCUCAAUAAACGCCCUGAGCUCUG